AUGACUUCUAAAAUGAGCCACACUCAGCCCCCCAGUCUUUUCCUACCCUCACUACGCAACCUUGCAGCUAUCUCUCCGUCUGAUGUUUCUAGAGGCAUUACCUAUCUGCGAUCACUCUAUACUCCCCGCAUACGAGGCUCUAAAAUACUUGGUCGAAUUACACCAGAUGGAUCGACAAUUUCCUGGCCAAGUUCGUCGCCUGAAGACCUGGACGCACUUGUCGGCGAUGAAUUUGAGCGAGGCUAUUCGAUUCGGUGGCUUACGUAUCUGGCUCAUAAUGCUACUCAAAUUCAAGCUUCAGCAGAAGAAAUUGCUGUUAUAAUCGACUCUGCUGCUGCUGUCCUCGCAAACUGUGGUGGCCCAGCAAGUGCUGGUGUCUUGAUUCGCACUAUUGUCUUCCCAGCGAGUGGGAUUGAGGUUACUCUCCAAGAUAUUCCACUGGACAAUGGCAUGGCUUCAGUUGGUGCACAGACAUGGGGUGGGGCUUUUGUCCUGGCUGAGAUGAUAGCAACCCACCCAGAAGAGUUCCAGCUCCAUAAAAAAUCACAAUCAACGCUUCGUGUGCUCGAACUUGGGUCGGGGACAGGUCUGGUUGGAAUCACUGUUGCUAAAAUUGCGAACCACCUCGAUCUCCCAACGAGGGUUGUUUGCACUGACGCAUAUCCCCCAGCUCUACACAACCUCGCGACUAAUAUAUCCGCUAAUUUCGACAAUAUUUCUGGGACACUCUCCGUUGAAUCGCUUGCACUCGACUGGUCCAUUAUGGCCAAUAAGCCAUUGACUGCUCUUUUCCCACCCCCACUCGACAUUGCGUUCGAUAUUAUCCUUGGCGCAGACAUCAUAUACGAAGCAGAGCAUGCAUUGUGGAUUCGCAAGGUCCUAACUCGCUUUUUGCGCAGAAAUGGCCUUUUUCACCUCCUUGUCCCUCUACGACCAACACAUGCAGCAGAAUCAGGUACUAUUGAGAUGGUGUUCAUUGCUGAUGGCCAAGGACCAGAAAUCUUAUCCAAGGAAACGAUCUUAUGUGCCCCAGAGAAACCAUCAGAGGAAGAAAUUGUAUAUGCUUACUAUCGCAUUGGAUGGCAAUGA